CCAGGGAGCUCCAAAGCAACCCCUGUGCAAGCCAGCCCAUGGCCUUCCCCCAGUUCUGGUCAGCCUACGUCCCAUGCCAGACCCAGGAACGGGAUGCCUUGCGCCUCACCCUGGAGCAAAUUGACCUCAUCCGCCGCAUGUGUGCCUCCUAUUCUGAGUUGGAGCUUGUGACCUCAGUUAAAGCUCUGAACAACACCCGGAAGUUAGCUUGCCUCAUUGGCGUGGAGGGCGGCCACUCGCUGGACAGUAGCCUUUCCGUCUUGCGUACCUUCUAUGUGCUGGGUGUGCGCUACCUGACACUCACUCACACCUGCAACACACCCUGGUGAGCACUGUGCAGAUGGUAUGCACCCACUGAUCCAGCCAUGUGCCCCAGAUCACACUGGGGCUCAGACCAAGCUUUACCCCUGGGAUCUGGCACUGACCCUGGAGUGGGGAGGGGAGCAGGGGUUCACAGA